AUGCGAGGAUCUAAGACCAACUCUACAAAGACCAACAAGGAGAACGAAUGCCAUUCCAGUGCACAUUCAGUAGCACAACAGGUAGAAGUCAAACAAGGCUUCUUUGCGGUCGAUGGCUUCCCAAACACAAUUGGAGCGGUGGACUGCACCCACAUUGCAAUUAAAGCACCAUCCCUGAACGAGUUCAAUUACGUGAACAGAAAAGGCUUCCACUCAAUUAAUGUGCAAAUCAUCUCGGAUGCGCAAAAGAACUUGUUGAAUGUGGUAGCGAGAUGGCCGGGGGGAACGCACGACUCAUUCAUUUUGCAGAACAGCAACGUUGGCCUUCGCUUAGAGGAGGGAGCUGUUCAGGAUGGAUGGCUUAUUGGAGACAGAGGUUAUCCAUUGAAACCGUGGCUGAUGACUCCUUUGACCAAUCCUGUGACGGCACAGGAGAGAGCCUAUAAUGCUGCACACAGUCGCACAAGGUCGAUCGUGGAGCGCACAAUAGGAACUCUGAAAGGCCGGUGGCUCUGUUUGUCAUCUGCUGGGGGUGCUUUGCAGUAUACACCGGAAAAGGCUUGCAACAUAGUCAUGGCCUGUUGUGUACUACAUAACAUGGCCAUCAAGCAUGGCAUUCCACUUGUUCAGGAAGACCAACCUGACGAAACGAUGCCAGACGCACCACCUUUCCAACCUCCAAAUGCCUUGGCAGUUCAAAGGAGGAUGGAGAUUAUUCAACGUUUUCGAGACUGAGUCUGUCAGGACCCUUGGUUCACGGCUUGAUGUGGCGCGGGAGCGUGGCGCCUCACUGUGGGUCGCAGCGGGGGG